AUGGAGAGAUUUACUGAGGAAGACAUAAGUGAUUGGUGUUGUAGGAAAGGGAAAGAUCCCAAGAAGUGUUUAAGUCUAGGGGGAAAUUUUAUAGAGUUUUCUGAUGAAGAAAUCAUAGAGACAUUGACAAAGCUAUAUGGAGUAUUUAGAACCAAAAUCGUCGACAAGUGGAUUGGAGGAUUGGGAAGAACUGCGGCUGUAUUGAUAGAAACAGAUAGAGAGUUGGACGCAGAAGUGAUACCAUCAGUAGUGGUAGCUAGUGAAGAGACUGGAAGGAGAUGGAGUGUCAUGUGGCCUAAUACGCAAGAUAAGGAAGCUACUAGUGCGCCUGUAUCAGCUGCUAUCGGCCCUCCACUGAGCAACGCUAGUAGAGGUGAAGAGAGUGGUGAAGGGGGAGAUGCUCAUAAUAGUAAUGCUAAUACGAAUGAAACCAACCAGUUUGAAGCUGUCAUGGAUAGAGUAGUAACCCAACUGGAGAGGUGGCAUUACGAAGGAAGUUACCGACGGUUACGGAUAUUUUCUGGCAUUACCCCAGUGCCAGUAGGAGAAGAAACAUAUGAGGCUUGGAAAGAAGCUGCGGUGCAACAAACAGAAGAGUGGCAGUGCCCGGAUCGCAUCAAAAGACAACGGGUAGUAGAAAGCCUGAGGGGACCUGCAAUGGGAAUUAUACAAGCCGCCAGGCGUAGCAAUCCCAAUGCCACCUUAGAUACCUACUUUGAGUCAUAA